AAGCAUCUGCCCCGGUGGAUGUGCAGCCCGGAGGGAGGGCGGCCGUGCGCCCAGCUGUUGGGAUGUUCUGUUUAUCCUCCUCGGGGACACAAAGGAGGCGAGGAGGCGCUUUCCGUGCGGCAUUCGGAGCGAUGCCCGGCAGGCUGAAGCCAGACUCGCGGCCAAGCGAGCGGCGCGGGCGGAGGCGCGGGAGAUCCGGAUGAAGGAGCUGGAGAGGCAGCAGAAGGAGCCCUCUGAGUACAGCUGCUACCUUGGGUCGGGAUCUCGGGCAUCCUCCAGAGCCAGCUCUGCUCGGGCCAGUCCAGUGAUUGAGGAAAGGCCAGAAAAGGACUUUGAGAAGGGAGCACGAACUGUCUCAAGUUUAUCAGCAGCUACCUUGGCUUCUCUUGGAGGGACUUCUUCACGGAGGGGCAGUGGGGACACGUCCAUCUCAGCUGACACAGAGGCCUCCAUCAGGGAAAUCAAGGACUCUCUGGCUGAAGUUGAGGAGAAGUACAAGAAGGCUAUGGUGUCAAAUGCUCAGCUGGACAAUGAGAAAACCAAUUUCAUGUACCAGGUGGACACCCUGAAGGAUGCACUCUUAGAGUUAGAGGAACAGCUGGCAGAAUCCAGGAGGCAAUAUGAAGAGAAAAGUAAAGAAUUUGAGAGGGAGAAGCAUGCUCAUAGCAUAUUGCAGUUUCAGUUCAUGGAAAUCAAAGAGGCUUUGAAGCAGAGAGAAGAAAUGCUUGCAAAACAUGGAAUAAUCCCAGACUCUGAUGUAGCCACCAACGGGGACACAUCAGACAUCCUGGAUAACGAAGGACACUUGGAUUCUUCCCGGACUGCCCCAGGCACCACUCAGGCAUUAAAGUCAGGAGGGGAGGGGAUGCUAGGCAAAGCCAAUGAAGUGGAGAUGAAAAAUGAGAUUUUGGAGGAUGUGGGGAAAAGAGAAAUCUUGCAGAAUACUGAGCAUGAGGAACACAAAGAGGAGUCUGAGGAGGAGGAAAUACAGACAUUGCAUGCUGCAGAAAAUGCAAAGGCAGAACAAGUGGUUGAAGAACGGGACGCCCUGCCAGCAGUGAUGUUACCAGAGAGUAGGUUUGCAGAGCAAGCCCAAAGCCUCACAGAACCUGUGUCAGAGAGCACUUCUUCAAACAGGGACAGUGACACAGAGGGCUUGAGAAAGGGCACAGAGUCCAGGGGCACAGCAGCCCAGCAGCCUGAGAGAACAGAGGCUGAACACCAUGACUUGAGUGCAAGGACAAAUGAGAACCUGGAGCUGGGCUCUCUGCAAGGCCACCCAGUUCUUGAGAGUCCUCAGGAAAUGUUUUGUGACUCUGGCACAGAGCAGGAGCUGGGAGAAGCUGCACCCAACCAGGAAGAACAAGAGGAUCUUGAAACCAGCCAUGCCCUGAGUGAUGAUGAAAUGGAUGAAGGGUCUGACAGGACAAGUGAGAGCAGUGAGUUGGUUUCUAACCAGGCAGGGCCACCUGAGGGAGCAGUGGCAGGCUUGCCUAGGGAGGAGGGAAAUGUGGAGAGUUCCACUCCAGAGGAACCCCAGCACUCAGAAGAAAGUGCUGAAAAUAAGGUUGCAAAUGUCUUGGAGGAAAAGUUCGUUGACUGCACAGAUGGAAGAAGUGAUAAAACAGCAGGUGACAGAGCUGAAGGAGAAGAUGAGGUUGGGAACACAGUUCAGGGUCAGCCAAGGAAAACAGAGUCUGUGGGUUUGGAGGGGACAGAGCCACGUGAAAGGGAUGUCCCAGCAGAGCCACUUGGAGAGGAAGGUGGAGAACAUCAGGCAUUGAUCCAGCCAGCUUCUUCAGAGGACAGUGCUUCAGCAUCCCCAGAGGAACCAGGCACAGAGGGUAAAACUGAAGAUGAAACUGUUCCAGGUGAGAAGGAUGGACAGAAGGAAGGACUGGGGGAAGAGCUGGAGAAGUGUUCAGGUUCUGCUGAAACAGGGGAGCAGGGUGUAGCAUCUGUGGAGGCAGGAGGCUCCACUCCUGAGGGAAAGGGAAGUGAGCUGCAGCAGGCACAGCCAGGAACAGAGGUUGGGAGAGAGGUGAUCACUCAGGAAACCCAUUUAGACCCGAGUCUUUUAGAUGAUGAAAUUAAGGAGUCAGAAUUGGAAACAGGGGAUGAGGCUGGGGAAGGACAGGAAAGUAGGAGAGAAUGGGUAGAAGAUCUGAAUCCAAAGGCAGAGGUUCAAACAAGUCAGGGCAGUGAAGAAACAGCAGGUGGUACAGAGGGAGAGAAAAAUAUUCCUUUAGAGGGUGCAGAAGUGCAGAAGGUGGUUAAACAAGAAGAAGUUGAAUCUAAAGAGGAGUCAGGUGUAGGUGUUAGUGUAACUACUGAAAACAAAGCCAGUAAAGAAACCCUGAAAGCAAAUGAGCAAGAGGUAGAGCUUGCAGACCACCCUGGUGGGGAAUUUGCUUCUGAGGAAGGUGCCAGUAAUGCCCUGGAACAGAAACUUGUGCAGGAUGAAAACAUUGGUGAACAAGUUAAACUGGAGGAAGGUGUAAAUAAUUCCCUGGAACAGAAACCUGUGCAGGAUGAAAACAUUGGUGAACAAGAUAAACUGGAGGAAGGUGCAAAUAAUUCCCUAGAACAGAAACCUGUGCAGGAUGAAAACAUUGAUGAACAAGAUAAACUGGAGGAAGGUGCAAAUAAUUCCCUGGCACACAAACUUGUGCAGGAUGAAAACACUGGUGAACAAGAUAAACUGGAGGAAGGUGUAAAUCCUUCCCUGCCACAGAAAGCUGUGCAGGAUGAAAAGAUUAGUGAACAAGUUAAAUUGGAGGAAGGUGCAAAUAAUUCCCUAGAACAGAAACCUGUGCAGGAUGAAAACAUUGAUGAACAAGUUAAAUUGGAGGAAGGUGUAAAUACUUCCCUGCCACAGAAAGCUGUGCAGGAUGACAUUAGUGAAGAAGUGAAAUUGGAAGUAGGAGUAAAUAAUUCCCUGGCACAUAAACCUGAGCAGGAUGACAGCAUUAGUGAACAAGAGAAAUUGGAAGUAGGAGUAAAUAAUUCCCUGGCACAGAAGCCUGUGCUGGAUGAAAACAGUAGUGAACAAAUUAAACUGGAGGAAGGUGGAAAUAAUUCCCUGCCACAGAAACCUGUGCAGGAUGACGUUAGUGAACAAGUGAAAUUGGAGGACCAAGCAGAGGAAAGCCUGGAAGAUGAUGGUGAUGCUUUUGAUUUUGAUGAAGAGUCCAAUCAAAUACUAGAAUCUGAUGAGAAAUGUGAUGGAGUGAAAGCUGAUGCACAGGGAGAAGAGGAUGAUGGAGCAAAUGGUGCUGUUGGAAUAACUGCCCACACAGACAGAGCUGGAGAGGGACCAGACAAAAUGGAAAGCAAAGAUGCCUUGACCAAAGGUGAAGUCCUGCAGGAUAAAAAAGAUGAGCCUGAAGAAACAGGGUGCUUGGAAGGGAAAGCGUUGGGGAAAGCUGCUGAGGAGGCUGAGGCUGAUGGGAAGGAAGAUGAAAUCAAAGUAUCAGAUUCUAGUAAAGUGGGAAAAUUCCAGGACCGAGAUGUUUUGGAACAGGAUUUGGAAAGUGCUUUCAUUAAGAAGGCUGAAAGCAGGGAGGAUUUGCAGGUUGGUAAAAGGAGUAAGGGCAGAUCCAGAGAUGACUGUACAAUCUCCUGAGUUGAGAAUCUCCAACCUGCACGAGUUCCAUGGCCUGUGAGCAGUCCCAGGACACAAACAUGCACUUUGCACAAGACAUCAGACCUUGGAAUACUCUUAGAGCUUUGUCUUUGUAGGUAACUCAGCAUAAAGCACGGAUGUGGUAAUGAUGCAAGUUUUAAAUUAUUCACUCUUGUACCCAGCCACAAGAAAUUGUGAGUGGGUUUGCUUUUGCUGUGUCUCAGGUUGAAAGCUUAUCACCUGAUGAGGAAGCUUCACCACUUGACUAUUCAAACUAUUAUGCAAUUAAAGUACCUCUAGUGUGGAUAGCUGCUCCUGGGGAAUUUCUAUAGGAAUUUUUUUAUAUUCUAGCCUAGUUGAUCAAUAUCUUGAAUGUAAAUUGGGCCUUGGUGAACUUAUGCACAUGAUGCUUACUUGUACUUAGAUCUACAGCAAGUACAUGAACUCUUCAUGAAGGAACUUUUAGCCACACUGAUGGUGAAACUUCUUUCAGAAUGUUUAAAGCCUAUGAACCAAUCUCUUAUUUUUUUUUUAAAUAUGAAGAAAAAAGAUCUUUUCAUUCCACCUUGUUUGUAUUUCUUAUAUGGUUCCCAUUCCAAAAUAUAGUUAGAUCACUGUGAAUCUGCUUAGUCUGAGCACUUUGGAGGAGCAAUACACAGUUUGGAAAAAGUGCAGCAUGCAGGUCUUAGUUUGCUGAAAGGAAUAAAUAUCUACAUGUUUACUUCAUUUAGGCACUUUGCACCACAAUAGGCCUUUUACACCAUGUCUCACAUGGGGUUUUUAUUUUUUUCCAGAGAAAGUGUCAAUACACACUGUAAUGUGUGCUUAGGUUUGCUAUCAAGUACUGUCUAGAUAUGAAUAUAUAAAAUAUCUAUUUUUCCAAGAUUUUUGUUUAAAAUUGCAUUUGCUUACUGCAACAUAAAUAUAUAUUUUUUUUGCAAACUCUGAUUCUGAAAGAAUGUUUUUAUCUCUGAAACAAAUCUUAUCUCUUUCCUUCUGGAAAGAAGAUAACUUUGCAUGUCUUAACUCUUGCUGGAUAUCAGACCAAAGAUGACUGUUGUUUUGUGUACUAGCCCCCCUGUGCCUUUUGGAAAAGCUGGAUUGCUUUGAAUUGCUGGCAUAAAUCAGGCUCUUGGACUCCCUUGCUGUACUUCCUCUUGCAUCUCUGCUAGUGCUUGGGAGGAAGAGCAUGUUUUGCAUAUAUAAAUAUUCAUUUAAAGUGUUAAGCAAUGAAUGUCCCAAGGGAAUGCAGAUCAAGGGGGGUGGGCUAUGGAAGGCUGUAUUUGUGUUGAUGUUACAAAGUUGUCAGAGCACAGACUGCAAAAUUUGAAGAUGUAUAUCAAAAUGUACUGCUGUAUAUAAUUUAAAUAAACAUAUUUUAUACUUUAAAGUACCUGUCCAGAGCACUGUUUCUAAACCUGCACAAGGAGUUAUUUAAACCUGUAUCAUUUCAACACCAUUUUUCUGCAGCUUUUGUUCUAUUUAUUGCCUUGUGCCACGUAGCUACAAGAGCCAUCUCCCUAGGACUGGGCAGCCUCGGGGUUUGAGCACCUUGAAUAUGUGAUGGCACCUUAACUGUAGAGCUCUAACAGGUCUGUAACCCUGUAACUCCUUUCAUGUGGCUUCUCUCCAACUUACAGCAGAUCCACCGUGGUUUCUGUAAGUAUUGGCAGUUCUUCCUAAGGGUUUACACUAGAUGCUAAUCCAAAAAGUCCUAGAUCUUAUAAGCAUUUCUUAUUAGCAUGUAGCAGUGUUUAUGUAAAGAUUUAGCUCUGAAUAGUUCAUGUCAUAUUCUAAAUAGUUCAUUGAAUAAGAAAUAAAUUCAAUGAAAAGCAGUGUUUAUUUAAAGAUUUGGCUCUGCCAUACUCUCAAGAGUAAUAUGUGGUUUAAUGUUGGAAGUGGGUUUUAAUUGUUAAAUAGAUUUAAACAGGUCAUUAACUGUUCUUACCUGGCUUCACUUGUACUGUGGAUGGAUCUAUCAGAGUUAAAUUAGGCAACAUGCCAUUAUAUCUUGUAUUUCUUGUGAGUUCAUUUCUGAUUUUAACUAGUUUUUUCACUUCAGAAAACACAGCAUCUUUUAGAGAAUUCCUUUUUAAAGCCAAGUCACAGGAGCAGAAACACCUCCAAUCUUACCUGUCCAAGUACCAGCUUUGAUCCCACUCCCAGUGUAACUGGGAGCAAGAACAUGGAGAGGCAGUGCAGAGUAGCUGCUGUGCCAGAAAUCCAUCCUGGAAUGUUGAAGAUGAGGGUGUGACCCAAGUAUGAAACUUCUUUGUCUUCCAGAAUAACCCCAAAUGCUCACUGGGUUUUCUGGUCCUCACCUAGUGGCACAUAAAUGCUGUAGCCCAGGUUUGUGCAUAUCAGAGCUAGCCUUAAAUGCUUUCAAAAGCAGUGUCUCAAGAAACUUGAUAUCAAGGGGAAUAAAUAGUGAAAAGGUCUUGGUCAAUAUCUUCUUUGCUAUAGAGAAGAACAGUCCUCCUGUCCCCCUCAAAAUCAGUACUGCAAGCCAGUGCUUCCAAAUCCUGUGCUGUCCCUGGCUGUGCCCCUCUUCUGAGAAAGACAGGAAGGCAUUUUCUCAUCAUCCAAAAUAAAGUGACAAAUCUGGAGAGGCAGUAUUGCCCAAGCUGCUCUGACAGCUUGGUUCUUGCAGGCUGUUCUGAAUAGCUGCUUGGGGCUGGGAUUCCAUGGGAUCUCUUUCCACCCUCCAAGAGCAGUUUACCCCUUUCAUUUACAUCAGCCUUUGUUUCUUCCUGGGCCACAAAUCAUGGGAAUCAUGCAGGUAAAACCAGCUGCUUCCCAUCUCAUGCUCCCCUCCAAGUGGAAGGAGACAGACAUGGAGGAUCUGUGGCUGAUUGGGGAAUGUUUGGAGCAGCACCUGAGUAAGCAAUGCCUCAAAUCACAGUGCCAAGGCAAUGAGAUCAGUCACUGGACUCAGAACCUGGCAGAAGACACAGGUCAGCCCCAUGCUCACCCUCUGUGUCCUGCUCCCUCACAGGCCCCAUCUCCUCCUCAGUUCUCUGUUAAACUCUGGUGUGGGAAGGCCAUGAACUGGUGCAGUGAGUACCCUGGGGAUCACCUUUCCUCAUUCCAUGAGGUGAAUGUCACACUCUCAUGAUUCACUGGAGUAUCUUUCUGUGUGGAAUAAGGAGAAUAACUCUUACAGAUGAGAAUUUUAAUUAGCUGCUUCCUGUCCUGAUUCCAUAAGCUGUUCUUUCCUGCUCAUCUGUUCUCAAGGUCCUCAGAUUUGUUGGAAAAAUAUCUCCUAAAUGCAAAAUUAAGGUGACCCUGCAGAGUAAGUUUUCUGUGCUAAUGUGGGAAGUUAAGAUAAGUGAAACCCAAGAGACCCUCAUCUCUACAGGCAGAAAACUUUUCUUCUAUGUGAAUGGCAAUUUUAGCAAACUCAUUUUUUCCCUGACCUGGUAAACCCUGCUGUCUGCAUGUCCCAGUGGGGUGCACAGAUGUCUGUAAUGAGGGCAGAGAGAAUUGAAUGUGAGACCAAACUUGAAGGUUCACCCCAAAAUCCAUCCUCUUUGCAGGAAAAGGGUUUUGGGGAAGCCAGUGUGCUUCCUCAGUGGAAGCUGGCAGAGGUGUCCUUUCUUCAGGCAGGCAGGUUUCACCCCACAGCAGGGGUUGUGUUAAUGAAAGUCACAACUACAUUGUUUUCAGGAUCAAAAUGUGUUACUUGGCCCUUUUGGAGUCAGUAAGUUCCGGCUAAUUUUGUAGUGGCCUAAAGGUUUCCUGUUGCACCAGUCCUCAUUCUCUUUCCAGUCCUUGGAACUCCAUUUCUCAGUCUUUGCUGGCCUUUAAAUCCCACCACAAUCUCUUGAGCCCAGGUUUCUCCAACCUGUUUGCUAUUCUUGCUCUUCAUUGAGCUUUGUUUUUCUUUCAUCUUUUGCAGAAUUUCUGUCUUAAGUUUUCUUUCCUUCCCAUAUAGAUGUGAAAAUAUUUUAUUAUUUUAAAAGGGUUUAUACUGGGACAUUUUGUUUGUGGGUGGUAUUUACAAAAGAAUUUGGGGUUGUUUUUGUUUUUUCAUACCAGUGCUCAGGUGUAGCAAUGUUGGGUGUGUUACAAAUGGAUUAAACAAACAGAAUAGGACUUCAGGAGGUUCAAAAUGAAUCCAAUGAUCUGCUGAACUGGGAUGUCACACCAAGAUCUGUAUUUGGGUAUUGCAUCAAAAGCCAAG